CUGGCCUGAGACCACAUGCAUUGGAAUAGAUUUAUCUCCCUUGCAUAAACCGAAACAAGGAAGAAAUCGCCAUUUAUUUAUAGAGAAGAAGAAAUAUUUCACCAGACAACUAAAAGAUUAUUCAAGUAAAUAGAUUUACGUCAAUGGGAACACAAUUGCUAGUCUGGGUGCACGAGCAUUCAAAUAGAAUAAUCUGCCUUGCAUAAACCAAACACGGAAGACAAUUUGCUUCUGAAAUCGCCAUUAAAAGAGGGAAAGAAAUAUUUCAUCAGGCAACUACAGGAUUGUUCAAGUAUAUAGGCAAUAAAAUCACACCUACAUAACAGAUACGAAUACUGCAACUACAUGGAGGUUGAACCAACACGUAAACCUAUUACCUAAGGAAAAAGGAAGUUAAUGCGCAUAAAGAAAACAGUUUAACAAGAGGAAUACUUGUUAUGCUGCAUGGAGAAUAGGCAACAAGCAAACAUAUUACAUAAAGAUAACAGAUAAACAGGAUGGUUGAUGAGUCGCCACACGGUGACAGGUUCGUAUGUUAAAUAGGCUAUUCUGGCUAAGUGGGUAAGACGCGGGCGGACUCGCUAUCAAUCAGGUCGCGUGUUCGAUCCCUGCAACCUCGUGGGUUUUCUCCGGGUCCUCCCACUGCUAAAGACCCCUAUGCGCAUGCGAAUUAUUAAGGAAAAAUUGAUCCAUGCGUUAGUCCCGAAAUGACCUUAGUUUGUGUCGAGUGGACGUUAAACCCCAUCUCUCUCUCUCUCUCUCUCUCUCUCUCUCUCUCUCUCUCUCUCUCUUUCUAGAUCCCUGCAUUGGCCGAGAAAGUUCAUGGGGAUUUCCAGACGUAUUUUCCCCUUGUCAAUGGUGUAGUACGGGAUGUCUGAAAAGGAGAACUGUCUAGUCGUUCGGAUGGGACGAAAAACCGAGGUCCCAUGUAUACAUUGGCGUGCAACGGAAAUUUGACCUAAAAAUAUUUAGAUGCAAAUGGAAGAUUAGCGAUAGUAAUCUGUGCAAGUUCUGUUCAAUAGAAGAAAACUAUCAUCAUUAUUUGUACGUUUUCGGUAUAUAUUCCUGCUGAACUGUAUUGUAUACGAAUGGUUAUUGUUAAAAAGGUUUUUUUUUUUUAAAAAUAAAAUAGGAAAAAAAGCAAUAUAUAUCUUGGCAGUUAGAAUUCGAUAUAAGAGUAGGCCAUAACACACUGCAUGGCGUUUUCUCGUCUUCGUUAGCCCAGUCGGAGCAGAACAACCCCAUUUCAUUUCAUUUCAUUUCUGUAUAUUGUGUGCACCAGCUAUAGAUGGGUGGACAGAUUCUAAUAACACACAAACUAAACGUUAUGAAUAUUGGAAUUACUUUAUUAUAUACCUUAUUAUUUGCAGAUGUAUACGAAGCUGUGUUAUAUAUGUUAGAACAUUGGUAUAAUAUACAUUAUGUUAUAGGUGGGCGCCACAAUAAUCUACUACACAUACUGUUAAAUAGCUAUGAGAUCUAUGACAAUACAGAUAGACGUGAUUUGUUAUUACAAUGUUUGGUUAAAGUAAUUGAUGCUGAUCUAGACAUCAACAUGGAAAAGGAGCAUAUAAACUUAGCGGCUAGAAGAGGGUGGUAUGAAGAGGUGUUAUAUAUGUUAGAACAUGGUUUUAAUAAACAUUAUGUUGAUGAGCACCAUGACAGUCUACUACGCAUACUUUUAGAUAACUAUGAGAGGCAGGACAAUACGGGUAGACGUGAUGUGUUACUAGAAUGUUUGGUUGACGUAGUUGAUAAUGGUGCGGACGUCAACAAGUUGGCUUUAGUGAAAGAGACACCUAUACGUAGAGAUACCAGAAAAGGGUUGUAUGAAGCUGUGUUAUAUAUGUUAGAAUAUGGGUUUAAUAAACGUUAUGUUGAUGAGCGCCAUAACAAUCUACUACACAUACUUUUAGAUAGCUAUGAGAGCCAUGACGGUACAGGUAAACGUGAUAUGUUACUACAAUGUUUGGUUAAGGUAGUUGAUACUGGUGUGGACGUCAACCAGUUGAAUGCAGUGAAAGAGACACCUAUAUGUAGAGCUGCCAUAAAAGGGUUGUAUGAAGUUGUGUUAUAUAUGUUAGAACAUGGGUUUAAUAAACAUUAUGUUGAUGAGCGCCAUAAAAAUGUGUUACACAUAGUUUUGGAUAGCUAUAACAGACAUGGCAAUACAGGUAGACAUGAUUUGUUAUUAAAAUGUGUAGUUAAAAUAGUUGAUGCAGGUGUAGACGUAAACAAGUUGGAUGCACAUAAAUAUACACCUAUAUUAAUAGCCGUAGGAGGAGGGUUGUAUGAGGCUGGGAUAUAUCUGUUAGAACACGGUGUUGAUGUACAUUAUGUUGAUAUAUAUAAAUGCAACAUCCUUCACUAUGUUUUAUGUUUUAUGUAUCCUUGCCUAAAAUAUGAAGAGAAAUAUAUACAGCUCGUUAAUACCUUAAUUAACCUGGGAAUAAAUGUAAACCAACCUAACUAUGAAGGUAACACCCCGUUGUUCUAUUUCCAUGUAAACGGACCUCCCCUUGACGAUAAGCCCCCGUUCCAUAUGUCUAAACUUUACGGAAUAAAAUUCAAACUACAGAGAGGAAAGGACACACAUGUUCAAUUGAAAUGUAAGUUGAUUAACAGUUUAUUAGGAGCCGAUUGUAAUGUAAACCAUCGAAACAAGAAGGGCCGAACGGCUUUAAUGCAUCAUUUAGAACAACAAGCUGAUGCCAGUAUAUUGAAACUGUUGAUUCAACAUUCUGAUCUAAGUUUGGCUGAUAUUUAUGGUUAUACAGCUUUAUGUUAUUGUGUUCAAUAUCACAUGAUUAAUUCUACAAACAUCUUUAAACUUUUUGUAGAUUCGGGUUCAGAUCUGAUAUCACCUAACAACGGAGUUAAGUUAUAUCAUAAGAUUUUGAAUUGUAAGAGAUUAGAGUUGUUCAAUUACUAUAUUGGGCGAAGGUUGAUUGUUAAAGGUCUUACAGCUGAAGGAGAAAAUAUGCUCCAUCUUUUAGCUGGUGUUAACUAUGAUUAUUCCCUAAACAAGUUUAAAUGGUUGUUAAAUAACGAACUAGACAUCAACCAUCAAUGUUCUAAAACCAACACACCUACUAUGAUAGCUGCCUUUUUAUUAAACAGUAAAUAUUUAGAACUGUUGACACUUCAUCCUAGACUAGAGAUCAAUGCACAGAAUAACCAGGGCCAUACAGCCCUUCAUCUAUGCAUCCUUGGAUUUACUAUGUUUAAAGAUGGUUUGAACAAGAGACAGGUAAAUGAUGUUGUUAAGAAUUAUUGUAGACAGAUAUAUCCAAUAUACAUGGCCUGUAUUGAUAUUUUACUUGGUGUUGAUGGAAUAGAUGUAAAUAUUCCUGAUAAUGUCGGUAGAACUAGUUUAAUGAUGGCUGCAAUGAAAAACGACAGAGUUCUUAUAAGGAAACUACUCCAAGCUGGUGCCAUAGUUACCAUGUUAGACUAUUCGGGAAGAUCUGCUCUACAAUAUCUUAAUAUUUAUCAUAGUGUAUUUGAUUUGACUUGUUUUAAAUUACUUCUAUCUAAUGGUAAUACUGGUCUUCUCAAUUUACCCUGUCUGGGUGGUAACACGAUUAUCCAAACGGUCUUAUGUUUCCCCUUCUUCUGGGAACCACGUCACGUCAUUUGUUUCAUUAGAUAUCUAAUUGCUGAAAACUGUUGUAUUAAGAAUCUCGUAACAUCUUCAGCUAAAAGUAACUAUAACCAAUUUGAUCUUAUUGAGUUAAGUCUUCCAGAAAGAGAUAAACUGAGGAAACUGUUAUAUCUUAGUGGCGCCGAAGGGCAUGAAAUAAUGACAACAUUAAAUUUGGAUGAGGAAAAUAAACCAUAUGAAGAAGACAAAGGCACCUUUCACUCGCGGGGCACAGAAAAAUUUAUUAGAUUCUGUAGUAAUAUAUCUCUCAUGUCCAUGUGUAGAAGAAUCAUUAGACAGAAGUUGGGAUUGGGAAUAAAGGAACAGGUUAAUGAUCUAGAAUUACCAUAUGGAUUAAAUGAUUUUCUUCUACUAAAAGAUGUUCUUCAUCCACAAGAUUACUACAUAGAUAAUAUUGAUGAUGGUUGUAAUGAUUUUGAUGAUGAUGAUGAUUAUGAUGGUUAUGAUAUAGAUAGAGAUAGAGAUUUUGGAUAUAGGCAAUAUAACUACCAGUAUUUUACUCUCAAUACAGAUUAUGAACUAAGACAAGAUUUCCUAAAAACCCAGAAAUUUCCUAAUGGUGAACAGGUGGUGAUUUCGUAGAAACCAGGAUAUUUCGUCUGUAUCUGAAUAUGUUGUCGCCCGUUCAUAUUUCCGAGUACACGCUAAAGCGCGAAUUGUUUUUAAAGUCACCAUAAUGUUGAUUUCAUGUAGAAAUUACUGCAUAGAGCAAUACACUAUAACUAAUGAAAGCAGUUAUUUAUUUAUUUUUGUUUUUUUGAGGGGUGGGGGAGUUUUGAAGGGUUUUCUACAUAUUUGUGUAUUACUGUAUCAUCUUGAUGUCCAAAUAGAUAAGUAUGUGUGUUUCAGUUCAUUAAUAUAUUGUUGAUUAAUGUAAUGUAUGACAGCUGUUAUAGCAGAUUUAUACACAGUAUAACUAACUAUAUAAUACAGUAUUAAAAAGAAACAAUAUGUGUAUUGAAACCAUUUGUUUAUAUACAAAUAAAUUAUAUUAUAAUAACAUCGUAAAUAAUAUUCCUGUAUGUAAAUUAUGGUCUAAUAUAUAGUAUUAUAGUAUAGUAAUGGAUAUACAUAUGCACUAUAUACCUAAUAUUCUUGUAUGUAAAUUAUAGUAUAGUAACAUCUACCUUGUAAUGGAUGCAAUGUAUACCUAAUGCAUGUUUGUAUGUCUAUAUACACAAAGUAACGUCUUGUAUGUAUAUUUAUACUAACUAACAUAACCAAAAGGGGAUUGGUUGUAUUUCAAUUCUAGUAUAUAAGCAUCUACCUUGUAAUGGAUACACUAUAUACAUAAUCUAAUAUAUAUGUUAUGCUUGUAUGUACAUUAUGAUAAGGGAGUAGACAUAGCAGCUGAAAUAAACCAGAAUUAUGCUUAAAUUGACACUGAUUAACAACACGUCAUAACGAUAUACAUAGCAACCGCUAGAAUCCUAGGCAUCACGUAGUUUUUUUGGUUAUUUUGGGAUGUUUAAGCACGAAUUGUUCUUGUCAGACAAAGAACUAGCAACAAAAUUGUGUUGAGGGUCUGAAACUGACAUGACUGACCACAUGUAUAUAUGUUACCCGCUGAUAAUUCAGACCACUACUAUUCGAGUGUGUCGUGUUAUUUGUUUAUAUAUAUAUUUACUAAAUAUUCCAUGAGUUUCAUGUACAUAUUAUUUCUAUGAUAGUAUCAAUCGGAUCUGUUGUCGGAUCAAAUGUUACCACCUUGGUGUUGUUAUACGCCCACAUUUUCAUGUGGACGUAUUAUGCCGUCGCCCCUGUCCGUCCGUUCGUCCGUCCACAAUGUUUGUGGACUCUCUACAGGUCACAAUUGUUAUCCGAUUUUGACGAAACUUAAAAAUAUAGGUUUAUCCCCAAAAGAUCUCGGCUGCUUUCGAUAUUGGCAUGUAUCGGAGCGAAACUUCAUGGAUUAUGGCCCCUGAUUGUACGAAAAAUCACGUUUUUAGGCUUGUGGACCCUAUAGAGGUCACAAUGUUGAACCGAUAUUGAUGAAACUUGACAUGCGUGUUUAUAACCCAAAGAUCUUGGUUCCUAUCGAUAUUUGCCCAUAUCAAAUUGUAACUUAAUGAAUUAUUGCCUUUGAUUGUAGGAAAAAUCAAUUUCAGUAUUAAUUGUUCUCUAUCCAUCUCUCGAAAAUGUGGGCGUAUCCUGCCUGGCAGUGCCAGUCUAUCUUUUUGUUUUUGUUUUCAAAUUGAGUUAUUAUCUGUUUAUCCGCAAUCGAAAAGGACCUGGUCACGGAGUCGCGAUCGACGUUGCGAUGCUUUGGUUGUAGAAGGGCGGCCAGCUCGCGCUAGGAACCGAUUUGCAGUUUGAUGACGAAGUUUGAAGUUUACAUAAUAAAAUAAGUUCUUUUAUAAUUCUAAAUAAUAGCAUGUUACAAUGCCAAUAAACACGUCCUGUUUCGCAUUUAGAGGGGUAUUUUUCAUUAUAACCCGCGUCUUGGGUUCUAAUGCACAACAACACCUCUCUAAAUGCAAAAUAGGAAGUGUUUAUAUCCUAAAUGGUUAAACUAUAUACCUGAUGUAUGUAUGUAAAUUAUAAUAACAGCUACCUUGUAAUGGAUACAUUAUACUAUAUACCUAGUGUACGUGUGCGUAAAUUUAAGAAUAAUAAUUUUUAAUUAUAUGUAAAUUGUGAUAAUAACAUCUACCUUGUAAAGUCACUGCAUGAUUUAUUGUAAUGGAUACAAUGUAUACAUAUUGUCUGUUGUCUAUUGUAAUGGAUACAAUGUAUAUCUAUUGUCUGUUGUCUAUUGUAAUGGAUACAAGGUAUAUAUAUUGUCUAUUGUAAUGGAUACAAGCUAUAUCUAUUGUCUAUUGUAAUGGAUACAAUGUAUACCUAUUAUCUAUUGUCUAUUGUAAUGGAUACAGUGUAUAUCUAUUGUAUGUCUAGAUUAAAGAAUAGAAAGUUGUAAUUGUAUUUGUUUAUAUAUAUAUAAAUUCUAGUUCUAUAUAUCUGAUCUAUGUAUGUAUAUUAAAGAAUAGAAACGUCUAUUGUUGGUUUUCCCGCAAAUUAUAGUAUAUAAACAUCUACCUUGUAAUGCAUGUAUGUAAAUUAAAACAAUAGAAAGUUUGAA